CAGGCAAAUUCCUCAGUGUGUACAUGUACAGUGCAUAGUCAGAGUGCAUGCAUUAGCGCCACACACAGUCUCUGCAUAAUGCCAUCACACACGGCUGCCAUUUUGGAUCCGUGAUUUGAAAGAAGCUUGGAAAUGACCAUCCUAAACUCAAGCUGAUGUAUUUUGAAAUGGUGGAUAUCGGUAUCUUUAACGAAUAAUCAAGGUGUACUUCAUGUCCAAGCAAAACAUGAUUGAUGCAACGAUGGUGGAUACCUACUCGAUUUCGAGAAAGCCGAAUGUGAAUUUACAGGGAGCAUCGCGAACACGAUCGCUAACGACUGGCGAACCGCUGUACCCAGCACAUCUCACCGAUAACGCGGCACGGACUGUAGGUAACGUAAACCAUGCACAACAUGUUGAAUUGCCGCCGAUCAAGAGCCACACCAUCGGUGGUUCGAAAGUGCAGAAACCCAGCGAGAACAUUCCAAACGGGAUCCAGGUUCAACAGUUGUUUGAACCGGACGAUAAUCACAAUUACAAACGCCAGCACGGCCAGGUAGCUGUAAAGGGAACAGUUGUUGCCAAUGGUGUCGUGGCAAAUCAUACCCACGACGCCCGUCGACCAUCCAGUGACAACAGCACGGACUCCAAAAGCAACUCUGCAAAGCAUCGCUCACUGCCCAUGACACCCGAAGAGGCUAUGAAAAUGUACAUGCACAAACUCACUUCCUACGAACACCAUGAAAUCUUCAACACGCCACAGAUUUAUUUCGUUGGACCAAAUGCAAAGAAACGACAAGGAGUCAUUGGAGGGGCAAAUAACUGUGGAUAUGACGAUGACCAGGGGUCGUACAUUCACGUCCAGCAUGACCAUGUUGCGUACAGAUAUGAAGUUUUGAAGAUUCUUGGCAAAGGAAGUUUUGGUCAGGUGGUCAAGGUGUAUGACCACAAAACCAACCAGCACGUAGCCAUCAAGAUGGUUCGCAAUGAGAAACGAUUCCAUCGUCAAGCACAGGAAGAGAUCCGCAUCUUGGAGCACCUUAAGAAACAGGACAAAGACAAUAACAUGAACAUCAUCCACAUGAUCGACAGCUUCACCUUCCGCAACCAUAUAUGCAUAAGCUUUGAGUUGCUCAGUAUGAAUCUCUAUGAGUUGAUCAAAAAGAACAAAUUUCAGGGAUUCAGCCUGCAGUUGGUGCGGAAAUUUGCACACUCGUUGUUGCAGUGUCUCGAUGCCCUCCAUCGGAAUCGCAUCAUCCACUGUGACAUGAAACCAGAGAACAUCUUGCUUAAGCAGCAGGGACGCAGUGGCAUCAAAGUGAUCGACUUUGGAUCGAGCUGCUAUGAACAUCAACGCAUUUACACCUACAUCCAGAGUCGCUUCUACAGAGCUCCAGAAGUCAUCCUAGGUGCCCGAUACGGCAUGCCCAUUGACAUGUGGAGUCUGGGAUGCAUCUUGGCCGAGCUGCUCACGGGCUACCCUCUCCUUCCAGGAGAAGAUGAAGGAGAUCAACUGGCCACCAUGAUAGAACUCCUAGGCAUGCCUCCGCAGAGGCUGAUCGAGCAAUCCAAACGGGCCAAAAACUUCAUCAACUCCAAGGGUCACCCACGCUAUUGUACUGUCACUACUUUACCGGAUGGCACAACUGUUCUCAAUGGUGGCAGAUCGAGAAGAGGCAAGGUUCGUGGUCCGCCGGGAAGCAAGGAUCUUGUCAAGGCCCUCAAGGGUUGUGAUGAUCCCCACUUCAUUGAUUUCCUCAAGAGAUGUCUGGAUUGGGAUCCCCAGAGCCGCAUGACACCCAGCCAGGCAUUACGCCAUGCUUGGCUGCGCCGGAGGCUGCCUAAACCACCUACGACCGAUUCGACCUCUGCCAAGCACAAGAGGCACGGCUCAUCAGUUGCCAAGCUUCCCCCGACAGGGCAGAAUAUGAGCGCGAAGACACGUCAGGCUGCAGACCAAACCACACGUACAGUCCUACCCAAGAUCGUCACAUAGAAAUAGGCACAGAUUUAAUGUGGACACCGACGAAUGUAGCACAUUGCACAUAAUAAGCAAAGUGUGUUCUUUCAUGGCAGACUAUCUUUUACCAAAGACAAACUGCCUAGAGUUUUCAUUGAAGUGUGUGUUAUCUGAAAAAUCUUUUAGGGAAAUAAUUUUUUUAGCUGGAGGAUGAAUGUUGUGUACUGAAUUUCCAGUAUUCUAUCUCGUUCUGUUUCAGGAACAAGGGUUUUUAGUGGCUUUGCAUUUUUAUUCAGGACAUGACAAAUACUAAUAGAUUUUUAACUCCUGAUCUUAUCGCUGUUUUCAUUCGUUUUAAAUGUUCAAUACUACCACCAUGAAGGUUUUAACCAUUUUUUUUAUGGUUUUGCUUUUAAGUUGCAGACAAAAUCUUGUCUUGAAUGAAAGAUUGUGCCAUUCAAAAAAUGUGUGUCUUACAAGUCAAACAGAGAAUGCCAUACAUAGAAUUUUCUCCACAGCUGUAUAAAAAUUGUGUACAAAAUGUAUAAACUUUGUAGAUAUGAAUAUAUUUUUAUGUGCAGUUUCUACCUGAUUCCUUAUCCGAGAGUAAAAUGUAAGGCAUUCUUUGUUUGGCCAUUUGCAAUUUGGCUUUGUUUUUCGGUGACAACAAAACAUUCCCAGUUAGAUUUUUAAUCAAGCAUUUUAAGAUUUUUCAAAAAUUUAAGUAGACACACACAAAUAGCGUGGAUUCACCUUUAAAGGACACAAAGUGAGCUGAUGUUUGAGCCAGAUCGGCCCUGUGCUUGUGAAAUGUGCAUUUACCAUGAUGGCAAAGCCUACACAGAACAAACAGUGAAGUGGUUUAACAGAGUACAUGUAUAUCUUCAUUUUUUCCCCAAAGUGGCAGCAUGGUGAUUCAGGGACACAGAGUAUUUAAAAGUUGAGAAUUCAACAAGUUAGUCACCACUGAUUUUUGACAAGGUGUUCAUGUGUCAUGUACAUGUAUGUACAUGAACGUACAUGUACAUGUAUAUUCCGCCGUACACACUGUGGUCGUUUUUCACAGUCCAGUAGCAUUGUGUCCCACACACAAUAUCUGAAAUGUAUUGUUCCCUGUUUAUAGACGUGCCAUUGUCUGGGCCACACAAAUGCACAAUACCUCAAGUAUACCAGAAGUAAUUGCCCAAAGGUCUAGGCAGAUAUUCAUGGAUACAAUUGGACAGUAUAGUUCUUUUAAUUGUAGAAGCGCAAAUUUGACAAAGUAAGGAAAAUGUUGUGCCAUUGUUUUAUGAAGCGAGAGUAUCCUUGGAUUUCCAGUACAAACUUAGGUGAAGGUUUUCGGGCUCAAACAUUCACAGGGCCACACAGUUCAAGGCAUAUAUUGGGUCGUUAAUCACAAAAAAAGAGAACUUCGGUAUCCUUCACAUUUUUUGCCGAUAGCCAUACCCAAUGGAUUAAUCCAAGUGGUCAGGAUUUCUCGCAGUUUCUCAUAGCAUUGUCGUGGUUUUGGGUAACAAAACAUCUGAAUUUUAUGGAACUGUAAAGGUGCAUAUCUUCAAAGCAUACAUGCAUAUCUUGGCUUAGUGUUCAACUCCUGCAUUUCAUUGGAUACCGGGUUUGGCGUGUAACAAAGACUUUUGUGUUAAUCUUGAAAAUAAGAGGCAGGUUUAGAAUAAUUUUAAAUGCUGUGUUGUGUGUCAAACGUUAAACCUGCACCCAACUAUUCAUUUCUUUCCCCUGUGCAAAAUCCACUCUCAGAAGGGAACACAGCAGAUAAUUUGCAUAACCUGUGUACACAUGGAAACCGAUUGUGGCAGUUGCCCGUGAAAUCAAAGCACUGUCACUAGUAAAUUAACAUCCACAUCGUUACCUGGGCAACGGGCACUCGUUACCUUGACAGUAUUCCCUAAGGAUCGUUCCCGGUUUUUUGCUUUGCUAAAAAAACAUGAGAUAGCACAUUGUUAAUUAUUUUUUAAUGUGCUUAUGGUGUGAUUUCCUUGUUUGCUUGAAUCUUGAUCAAGGGAAAAGUCUGACGCACAGCUCACACAUUUGUACAUGUACAUGAAUUUGGCAAGUUCUUUGAGCAGUGAACAUGAAGAAAUCCAUUUCCGUGAAUUCUUGAUAUAACAAUUUUGCACAAGCAUUAAUGCAUCAUGACUGUGAAUUCUGCUCGGUGUUUCAAAUGGUAUGGUAAUCGGUCUGGUAAAAAACAUUCAAACGGUGUAGCGUCUGUUUUCAGUAUUCAUGAACUUCCUACUUUCUAUAAAUGAUCAUUAUCUUCUGAUCUCAACACCAAAAUUUUGCAUCUGAAAUUUCCUUUAAAUUUUCCAUCGACACUAGAAUACAGGUGCAUGAUCAAUGGUUGCACCCACUGACGUAGUGGGUAAAUAAUGACAUUUAUUUGAAAGAUGUAAGAUUUAUUUGAAAGAUGAGAGAUUUAAUGUAGAACGUGUUGUGGUUUGGCAUUUUGUCUUUGUGUAUUCCCAUGUACGAGAAUAUGCAGUUCCCCUGGGUCCAGAAAAUGUGAAUCUUGACGAUUUUUCUUCUUUAAAACACCGAGUAAAUCGCUACGUACUGUACAUGUACACGGUGUUAGCCAAUCCCAGUAAGUAAUCAUAUUUCUAUGAAAUCAUGUUGGAAUAUGCAGACUGUGGAUUCUGUUUGCUUUACAUGACUGUAUGCACACUCUCUUGAAAUACUUCGCCGUGUGUGUACGUGUUAAUCAAAUGUUUCAACUUUGCUCCCUCGUUCCGAAGUUGCAUUCAAGUUGAGCCCAGCCACUGCUGGCAGACAAAAGAAAAUCUUCACAGAGUUGGAGUUUGACCUUUGAGGUCAAGUAGGCCUAAUCCAAAAAUUGUAUUUUCUCACCUUGCAGGGCUCCACUUUUGGACACAAGAAAGCCGUAACUGUAUACGUGUACAUUACAGACUGAAUACCUAUAGAAAAAUUGGUCGAUUUAUGUCGGGACAUUUUUGUGCACUUGAGAAAGUGUGGGUGGGUACGUGUGUGUUUGUGGUUUGUUAGUAAUAACUUGCGUGUGUGGAUCGAAAGCGUCAACACACCAGUGAUUUUUCAGCUGUCCGUCCAAUAAAAAUAAAUGCAAGAUAUUUUGGGUCCAUUGUUGUGUGCCAGUUGUGUACAGAACUUUGCACGGAACUGAAUUCGUUUUCUGUACAGGUGUAUUGGGGAAUCUUUUGAUUCCGCAUACGAGUACCAAGAGUACUGAACCUCAUGAUUCUAGUCUAGUUUAUUUUCAUGCAGUUUAUUUCCUGUACGCACGGUACGUGCACGUGAACCAAUGAACUUUGAAUGUAACGUAAUAAAAUUGUAUAUGACUGCACAGUGAUCUGU